GUAGGGAUCCGCCUGCGAAAAACACAGAGUACACAGCGCUGCGACUUUUACACUAGAUCACGCCGAUUGACACAAAAAUGGCAGCCGAAUAGAACAUGUAUUAUAUAAAUCACAAUAUCCAGCUGUUAUUCUUUUGCCAAAUGCGAAUGAAUUGGCUUUUCGGGGUAAAUUUUCCUUAAAGUUAAUUUUUUUGUCAUCGUUAAGUUCAUUACAUCACGAAAUAAGUGAUUUUUUUUAAAGCAACUGUAUCUGCUUAAAACAAACAAAAUAAAGCAGGAGCUUGAUUCAGAUGCUCAGACGCGGUUGCCUUGGUUACGGCGCUAGCCUUGCGUGGAUUCAGUCCUCUCGGUAAUCAGCUAGCCGGCUAGCUAAACUGAGAGCGUUUCAGUUAUGUGAUCGAGGAUCUCUAGUUAAACUUUUAUAUAACUAAGCUCUGUAUAUUUAUUUAACAUGUGAGACUUAUAUGUAAUGAAGACCUUCUCGGAUUGCCUGUUGAUUAGCAAGUAAGAUAAGGGGAAGACCAUGAGUCAGUGGCAGCACCUGAAUCUGAGCUGAACCUGGAACAGGAAUACAGUAUUGCUCGUGUGGACUGCAGUAGCGUACAAGAUGAAGAAAAUAUUACGGUUCACCAAAAAGAAAGGCUCUCCGAGUGCAUCUGAAACAGCCAGUGUGCUUUCGGUCGGCUAUGACCUGAAGGAGAAAGACCUGGGCAAGUUGCACAAGGCGGCAUUCACUGGGGAUUUGGCAAAACUCAGACAACUCGCCAAAAAGAGCGAUUUAAACCAGCUGGAUAAGGAGAACAGAACUGCACUACAUAUAGCCUGUGUUCAUGGACACACUGAAGUGGUUCAGUAUUUGGUGGAAAACAAAGUUAAACUCAACUUAUGUGACAAUCAGAACCGCUCCGCCUUAAUGAAGGCGGUGCAGUGCCAACAGGAUCGCUGUGUGUCCAUUCUCCUGGAGCAUGAGGCAGAUCCCAACUUGGUGGAUAUAAAUGGGAACACAGCGCUACACUUAGCUGCCCGCAUCCCCUCUCUGACUGUGGCGCUGAAGCUGCUCGAACAUGAGGCGAACAUCAAUGCACAGAACAAGGAAGGCAAUUCUCCCUUGAUAUUGUCAGUGGAAGAAAGCCAUGCAGAGAUGGCUGAAUUUUUACUCAAGGAGGGGGCAGAUGUUAAUCUCCAGAACCAGGAGCAACGGACCCCUUUACUGAUUGCUGCUUGCAAUGGCCAAAUCAGUAUGGUGCGACUGCUCUUGCAGUACAAUGCUGAUAUCACUGUGAAAGAUAAUAAGGGAUGGUCAUCUGACGACUAUGCUGUAAUGAAUGGCCAUCAUGCUUGUUCACACCUAAUCAUUGAGCAUGGGACGAAGAAGAAGGCCUUGCAGUCACCCUCCCACCUUGCCUCCGAUAAAAACAAGCAGACUUCAUUGUUGGGCAGUCCCAAGGAUGGCUUUGCUCUCAGAGGUCCAACUCUUGGCAAAGAUGGAAGUGCAAAAGAAGGGAAAGAUACAGAGGAUAAUUCACAUGCAGACUCUAUCAGCAGAACAUCAAAAAGUGGUGCUGCUGAUUCCUGGCCCUCUACAGAUGAUAAUGAUGACGACGAUGAAGAGCUUAAUCUGGGCCCAAAGAAACUUCAAAAGAUAAACUUGAAGAAACUAAUGAGUGCCUCCAAAUUUGAUGGGAAAAAAUGUGACGAGGCUGAGAAUUCACAGCUGCCCUGUGGCAACAAAUCAGAUGUAGAAGCCAGCGAAAGUUCAGAAGAAGAAUCGGAGGAAGGUGAAGAUGUUGAAGACAGCGAAGAAGAGGAUGAAGAAGAGGAUGAAAAUGAGGAGGACAAGGAAGACAGUGAAGGCGAUGAAGAAAGUGACGAUGAAAGGGAACAAGAGGAGGAAACUAGUGUUGCAAUAACACAAGAAGAUGAUAAUGAAAGAGAACUUCCUGAGAUCACAGCUGUAGAGGAAAGAGAGGAGAGCCAUGAUAUUCAGAUGCACGUUGAUGUAAACACGGAACCUAUUGGACAACCGGAGACAUCAAACAUAUUGAUUGAGAAAAGUGAUCAUGCUAAGGAGCAUUUUAGUUUGUUUGAAAGAGUAGUCUCGAAAAAAAAAGAAUUUCUAGAGACAGCUGUGUUAGAAGUCAUAGAGAGACAGAAAAUAAUGCAUUUAGAGAUCACAGAUGAAGAGCUGGAGAAGGGAGUCUCUCACACACUAGGUGUUAAUGCUGGCACACUUUUAUCAGGCAUUAGGGUCGAUUCAACAUGCGCUGAUAAAGAGGAAAAUGAUUACAGUAACACAGGUGCCACAGGAGCGUUUAGAACACCUCCACAUAUUGCAGGCACUACCCCAAAAACUACGAAGAAUUUUGAAGGUGAUGAAGAUGAAGACAAUGAAGCUUUCAGAGCUGGGAAUCACAGCAAUGCUGAUGUCUUAAAGUUUCUAGAAAAUACUCUGGUAGUUGAAUCAAAUAUCAAACCCAAGCAAAGUAAGACUGGAGGCAUGGUAUCUAAGCAACCUCAUGAAACCGGUGAUGAAAAAGCAAUCAUUAAUGACAUGAAGGCUGAUAACACUGUUUCAAAAGCACUCUCUCAGUUGUCCACAGUUCAGAUCAAUGCAGAUGAUGAUAGCGUUCCAAGAAAUGUAAAUGAUACAAUGAAGCCAUCAGAAUUAAUCUCGAACCCAGAAGAACCUAAAAGCUCUGAAGACUCCUGGGGUUCUUGCUCAGAUAAUGAAACAGAAGGUUCAGUAGAAAAUGACACUUCAGAUAUUGAGCCAGUUAAUUGUAAGGAUUAUGAGAGAGAACAUAUGACCAUUGAGGAACAUACAGUAAUACAUUAUGAUGAUGAUGAUGAUGAGAAUUUGCCAGUGUCCAUGAUCGUUGGAAGUGAUGACUUGGAAGAUGCUAAGGAUGGGGAACUCAUAUGUCAUGAAGAACUCCCACAGACAGUCAUUGAUGAUAUUAAUGAGACUUUUUAUUUUGAUAAGAAUGAUGUAGAUGAAGAGCGGGGAAUUUUACAGCCAGGAGAGGUAACUUCAUCUUCAGAAGAUGAGUAUGAUGAAGAGGAUGAAGAUGAAGAAUGUGACGAAGUAUCAAAUAAAAGAUCAGAGGCUAAGCAGCUAGAAAAGACAGAAGCUUCUAAGAAGCGGGACUUUUUGUCAGAGUUGGGAAUUGAAACGCGAGAUCAGGAAGAGGAUUCUCCUUGGGACUCAGAGUCUGGCUCGGACAGUUCGAGCAAAAAGGGUAGUAGUGGGCACAACUCCCCAGCCAAGUCACAUAAACCUAUGUCCAGUAUUCAUGAGGAGAGCAAUGAAGCCCUGCAUUAUAUUCCAUCUUUCUUAAGAGGAUCGAAGCACAGUAGUGUAUUCAGAAGUGUUGCUCGGCCUGGAGGUCAAAAGGCAGUGGUUUUAAUAUCUAGUCAGGAAGAGGAGGAUAACAGUGAUGAAGAGAAAUCUGAUAAGCAGCACGAUCUGCCUCAAAGGAAGCCACUAUCAGUGCUGAAUAAGCUGCUAGAGUCAAAAGAUGCUAGACAAAAUACAGAUGUAAUGGAGGAACUCGGUUUAGUUGAUGUUGAUCUCGAAGAAACUCACCAAAUCCCAGCAGAUGCUUCAGAUUGGGAUUCAGCAAGUACCACCAGUAAAGCCAGUAAAAACCUGCCAGUCUACGAAUAUAGGGAAGUAUUUAAGAGUGAAAUUCCAGCGUUUCUGCCAGUCGCCCAAGAGCAGGAUUUGCAUACAGGAAAGGAAGAAGAAAAAGAAUCUUCCUUUUUAAGAACUUGUCCAAUGCCAAGUCCACGCUCAUUCAAACCUCUUACCAGCACACAGAUUCAACCACAACCUCAAACACACAUUCACAAAGAGUUCUUUAAGAAACCAGUGAGUGAUGAAGACUCAGACUGGGACACAGACAAUACCUUCAGCCCUGCAAAGAUUACAACUCCACUGCCAAACAUUGCUGAGACUGAAACAGUUUCCCCAUCAGAGGCAGAAAGGGAAAGUGGCUGUAGCUCAGAGGCCAAUGAACAUCCAGAAGAGGAAAGAGCGAUAUUAGAUGCAGUUAAUGUAGAUUUUAGUAGUCCAUGUCAGGUAGGUCCCUCUGAAUCCCAUACCACUGAGGUAGAAGAAAAAGAAGAGGAAGAAGAAAAGCAAGAGUUUGUAGAACAUACAUCUUUCCAUGAGACUACCUGGGAGCAACGCUAUGAGAAAAUCUGGGUGGAAAUUGAGAAAAAAAAGUCAAAAUCCCAAUACAAAAAUGUAACAGCUGAGCUAAAAGAAAGAUUUGGAGAGAUAACACAUAAGGAGCAAAGUGAGACUGCCCAGGACAAAGAGACAAAGGAUGAGGAAGAAGAUGCAAUCAAAUAUAUAAAGAAAGACACAGAACUAAGUGGGAGUGCAGCUGAGGAAGUCUCCAGUGAAGACGAGGAAGAGUUGAUAGUGCAACCGAAUACACAGGCUAAGAGUGUUAGAUUGCUGCCUAUUCCUGAACAAAGGGAGUCUGGACAAGAGGAAUCAUACUCUGAGGAUCCUCCUAAGAAUGAUUUUGCCAAACACAAAAAUAUCCAAGAACAUUCUGUAGAGACUAUGAAUGAAAUUUCGAAAGACACAGAAAACAGCUCCUACCACAGGGCUGGUGACAAUGCAGAGGCUUUCUCUAAUGUAAGUGAAAAUAAAGACAACAUAAGUUUGGCUCAAUUGGAUGAUAUCGAAUCUCCAUUUGCCGUGAACCAAGAAUCUUCUCAGGAAGAUGGAAUUAGUCCAUUGUAUUUGGUUGAGGAGGCAAGGAUUCCUUCCUCUAUACCAGAUGAAUUGGUUGAGGAGGGCUUACAGAGGUCCCUAACUGAGGGUGGUGUCAUGAGAACAGAACUUAAAUCCAGUGCCUUAUGGAGCACCUCUGGCUCUGAGAAUCAAAUUGACAUUGACCAAGGAAAACACAAGAAAGCAGACACCAACACAAACAAGCCAACCCCUAAACAAGAAGGCACAUGGGAGAGUGGAUCUCAACAGAAGGAUGAUACUUUGAAGAAAAGGGAUCGUGUUUUGCCAAAAUGGCCGACACGAAGCCAAAGGAGGAGGACAACACUCAUCAAGGACCCUAUGGGUAGCCUGCUACAUGCCCCUGCCCCAAAGCAGUCUAGAGAUCCCUGCCCUGUGAACCCGCAUAAUGGAGACCCCCUGUCUGUGUUUGAUGAUAGUACAUUAAGUGAGGUGUCAGAAGAUGAAGGAAGGUCUCCUUCACAGCCUCGGGUUGAGAAAAAGAAUGGUGGAGAGCUGGAAAUCGCAGAUGACUUCGAUGACCUAACGCAGUCGUCUGACACAGCUACUGAGGAGCUGGACUCUGUUACCUCUGGCUACUUUAAUGCCUCUCAACUCAUCAAGCAGCUGGACACCAGCUCUAUAGAUUCAGUGAGCAUGGUGAAGUUGCAGAACAUAUUCUAUGAGUAUGAGCACACUAUCCAGAAGGAGUGCAACAAACAUAAGCGACUGAGUGAUAAGAUUUCUCAGCUGGAGCAGGAACGGAAUGAGCUCAAACUCCUGCUGGAUGAGAGCAGAGAGAGCAAGUCCAACAUGGAGCACCUCCGACUAGAGCUGGAGACAGACAUCAACAACCUCAAGUUUUUGUUGAAACAAGAACAGGAGAAGCACCAGAGUGCCUCUAUGCUGUAUGAUAAGACUCGGGAACAACUGUUUCGGAAAGAGGAGCAGCACCGAGAUGAGGCAGAGGAGAGAGAGAAAUUGGAGCUCAACUUGAGGAACCUUGAGCUGGAGAUUAGGGCCUUGAUGAACAACAUGAAGCAGUUGGAAGAAGACAGGAAUGAAACCCAGCGUCUUUUGGUCCAUGAGCGAUCUGCUCGCGCCUUGCAGGAGGACCUGCUGAAUAAUCACCUACGCAAGCAGCAGGACAUUGAGGAAAAGAACCUCAGGAACCUCACCAAGACCACUGAGGCUACAUCCCAGCUGACCGAAGCUAAUGAGCGUGAGAGGGAGCUGCUACAGCAGGUCUGCACAUUGCAGGAGGAGCUGAGCUCAGUGCGGGCUGAGUUGGAUCACUUUCGUUUACUCUGCCGGCAGGAGGAGAGCAGACUUGUUGAUGAGAGAGAUGCUCUGCGGGAGAGACUAGAGGAUGCUCGACGUGACCUAAAGUUAAAUGAUGAGACUCUAGCCCAGACCAUCUACCAGUAUAAUGGGCAGGUGAGCACCUUGAAGUCAGAGUGUGUGCUGCUCAGCACCAAACUGGAGCACGAGAGGCAGGUGCGCCAACAGCUGGAGGCUGAGACGGAGACCAGCAAAGCACGGCUCCAGGUAGCACUACAGGAGACGGAGAGGUGUCAGGCGGCAUGUGUAGAGACAGAGCGCACCCUGCAGCGCGAGCGUGAACAGCAUCUGAGAUCUGAAGCGAAGCAGACAUCGGAAUCUAUGUCACAGCGUGACACUGUGCAGUCACUUUCGCAGAAGCUGAGUGAGGCCGAGGCCCGUGCAAACAGCCUGGAGAAUGAGUGGCACAGAGCCACUCUGAUUGUGGCCGAGAAGACUGCGCUGCUGGAGACGGCAACCCGUGAACGGGAACAGGCCCGUGCGCGGCUUGAGGAUUUAGAGGGGAUGCUGCAGAGUGAGCGUGAUCGGGCCAGCCGUGCCCUUGCGAGACACGAUGCCAUGCAGGAGCGGUUAGCACAGGCGCAGAGCGAGGGUGCCUUGCUCAGGCAGCAGUUGGAGGAAGCACAGAACAGAGGUACAGCAAAGGACCAGGCAGUUACUGAUGCGCAGGAGUGCUUCAGCCAAGCACUUAACCAGCUGCGCACCAAAGGUGAGGAACGAGUGCAGCUGGUUGAAGAGAGGAGCAAAGAGCUGGCAACCAAAAACGCAGACCUCCGAGAGCAAAACUACAGACUAGAACAGGAGAAAGCCGAUAGAGAGACUUCUCUGAGGCAGCUUCAACAGGAGCUUGCUGAUUCUCUGAAGAAGCUGUCCAUGUGUGAGGCAUCUCUGGAGGUGAACACUCGGUACCGCAGUGACCUGGAGGAAGAGAAAGUGCGCACUCAGAAGGACUUGGACAGACUCAGGAAAAAGCUUCAGGAGAGUGAAGAGCACAACAUAGGGGUAGAAAGACGCAUUAACAGUUUGAUGGGCACUUUGGAUGAGAAGGAGCGGGACCUCAUCAGCACGGGUCAGAAGCUCCAGGAGGCACUCGCUGUUACAACACGUUCGGAACAAACCAUUAAACAGCUAGAGGAGGCAGUACAGAGAUUGGAGAUUGAAAAUGCCAGAUUAGAGGCAACAGUAAAACAACAGAAUAACCGCAUUGAAAUACUCGAGAAAGAAGCGCAGGAAGCUACUGCUCUGACAGAUUCAUCACCAACAGGAGGGGUCCGAAAUCAGUUGGAGAAUUUGAUCACAAAUUUGCAAAGCAGCAAGAUGACCCUAGAAGAUCAGCUCAGUCGUGAGGUGCAGAAGCAGAGCAUGCUUUCCCACAAUGCCCAUGACUCUCAGGCCCUGUGGGAGGAGGAGCUGAAGAAUCGGUCACGGUUCGGGCUCCGACUGGCUGAACUAGAGAAAGAGAAAGAAGAGCUCACUAACCAGGUGGAGCUAGAAAAGAAGAAAGCCAAAAAGAAAGCAGAGCAGAAGGCGGCCACAGAUGUCCGACUUGAACAAGAGAUUAAGAGGAACACCGAACUUCAGAAUGAAAUGUAUAGGUUGCGGACUCUGGUGAAAACUGCUAAGAAGAAGCUGCGAGAGCAGAAUGGAGGAGAGCUGGGUUCUCCUCUGGGCAGCCUACGAGGAGAAAUGUCUUUUAGACCGAAUGAGACAGAGGGAGCCCUCAGCAGGAUGAAGAUAAAAGUGGAUGAGCUACAGGUGCAGUUGGAGCGUGAGGCAUCAUGUAGAUCUAAGAUGGAAGACAUGAACCGGGAGCUGAAAGAGCAGCUCAGUACUUUAAAGAGCAUGGGUCGCAGAUAUGAGCGUCUGGAGCGCAGUAAGCAGCAGUUAGAGGAGGAGGUGAUGGGCCUGCGCAGGAGGGUGGAGGCAGGAGUCAUGGACCCAAGCCAAGCCGAACAGUUUCGCAGGGAGAUUGAAGAGAGAGCCAGACAGGAGAUCCGUCAUAAACUAGAUGAGAUCAACCUCUUUCUGCAGACACAAGCAGCAUCUCAGGAAGCUCUGGAACAGAUGAAGGCUGCUAACGAGGCAAGUCAAAGAACUGAGCUGGAGCAGCGCAUUAGAGAGCUGGAGGCCGAGCUUAGCCGCGCACACACCAAUCAGCAGGACAGUCUUCUGCAGAGAGAUUCCAGCCGCACGGAGCUCGAGCGCUACAGACAACUCUACAGUGAUGAGCUAAGACUCCGGAAGAGCCUCGCUACCAAGCUUGAUAGGACUCACGAGCGGCUAGCAGAGGUCAACGCAAAGCUUCUAAGUGAAAGGCAGCGCAGCAAAUCUCUCCUGAACAGCAGUAUAAUUAAUGGAAGUCUGGGAGGACCAGCUCUAGACACACAUCCCUCUCUGGGCCGCCUGGGAUUGGGAGCGUCUCUGCUCAGCCCUGUAGGGGAACAACACACCAACCGUGUGGAAGCCUACCUGGCAAAGAUGCAGUCUGAACUGGAGAAAAGCAUAUCAAAGGAGCUCGACUAUGGCACCACCGAGCUGGAGGGUGCAUCCACCCGGAUGUCUCCCGUGGGUUCCGCCUGCGGAUCCCAGAAGAACCUCAACUCCAGUCUAACCGUAGAGAAGCAGGAACCACUGAGCAGAGCCACACAGCAGUACCUGGAGGUUCUCAAAAAGAACUACAUGAUCUGAAAUGGUUCACACUAGAAAAGACCAGAGACCGAACCCUAACAACUGGGUCAGACCAUAACACAAUAAAUGACCAAAAAAAAAAGGGUACAAGGAAUUUUUCAAUGUGUUUUUGUAGACAGAGAAACUUUACUACUUGUGUGUAAACACAAUCGAAAAGGCUUGCAUAUUGCAUAUUUUGUGACCGAGUACAGUCACUUCAUAUAGAAAUAAUAAAGAGGAAAAAGCGGGAGGUGUGAAAGGACAACGUUGAUGUACAGAUGUGAGCGCCACAAGCAUUCAGGAAAAAUUCGACAAAAAAAAAAAAAAUGCUACUACACAAUCACCAAAAACAAAGCGCCAAAGCCUAAACACUAACGCUCCAAUAUUUUUAUUUGUAUUACUAUUUUUUCACCUAUGAUCCACUGACAACGCACUUUGUACCUCAGAUACUCAGGAGCAAGAACAAAAUGAUUUAAAACUAUUAGAGGCAGGCAAAGUUAUAGCGGUUGUAUGUAAAAUAUAGGUACACACACACACACACACAGAGUGCUGCUACAUUUUUAUACCUGUGACAGCUUAAUGGUAUUUUGAAACGACACAGAUACAAGUUUAUUUAUGUGCAUGUUUUGGAAGCAUUGGCUUUAGUACCAUGUAUAUCAUUGCCAAUUAAUCAGCUGGUACAGUCUGUGCACUUGUGCAAUAUAUUUGUCAACAUUUGUUGAGAUUUUCGAGGAAAAUAAAUAUUUGGUAAUUUUAUUAA